UCGUCGUUUGAGUUGCACUAUGCAUAAAGGGCCCUCCUCCCACUCUCUUGUCUUCCCUUCUCUCAUUCGUGUGGAACUUGGAAUAGCAAAAAAAAAAAAAACCUAUUAUCCUGUUUUUUCUUACACCCUUUGACGGCCUGGUCUAAUCGUCAAUCACCUACUGUAACAGAUCUUUUACACAACCUAUCAGAUAAAGACGUCACCUCCCUGGGAACACCAUCACACGCAUUCUACGUCAUAGCCGAGCGACUCAGCGCCGCAAACAACACGUCAAAAACAGAGUUUGCCAAUUGAACGCUCUUCAACUCUACUUCAUCAUCGUCGCGUAUACACAUCGCGCAUCUUCAUACUCACAAUGGCGCCCACUGAAGAUGUUUUUGCGCGCGACUACUACAGAUGCUCUUAUGGGUGGAAUUGGAAUGGACGACGAUGUGUUCGUAACAACUGGUCCUACUGGGGGCGCUGGGUGUUAGCGGGCAUCGUCAUCUUUUUCUUCGUCCUCUUCCUCUUCUGCUGCCUAUUCUCUCGCCGUCGCAAACGCCGUGGCGUUAAGCCCGUGUACGGCACUGGAUGGAUGGCGGCCAAGCCUUGGGGAAACAACAACAACAACCAUCAGAUGUACAACUACGGCAACCAAGGCGGCUAUAAUCAGGGCUACCAGCAGAACAACGGUGGUUACGGAGCUCCACCUCCACCUCCAGCAUACGGCCAGCAACAGCAGCCUCAGUACACUGGUACGACAUUCAACACCAACGACGGGUACUACGGCCAGGGCCAGUAUUCCGGAGUUCAGCAACCACAGGGUACAUAUCAGCGUGAUGGUGCUUACUCCCCACCUGCGGGUCCUCCUCCUGGAAAGUAAAGCACGGCGAUGGGUGCGUUUGGAAUGAGAACGGGUUUAAAACACGGCCGAUAUGGAAAGGAUACCACCGAUUGAGGCGUUUGGGAGCUCGCUAUGUAAUGAAUGGACUUACGUCAAGACAUACUGUGAUAAGAGGCAUUACUCUCGCGAGCAUGGCCUGGGCGGAAUUACGAGAAUUAUUUUUUUCCUAAUCGAUUCUAGUCUUCUCUCUAGCAAGUAUUUAUCGAAAUAGUCAGAUAACUAUGUUUGUGACGCGUUGCUGAUAA